CGCGUUAUAUUGCCAGGAUUCAGUUACCUUCCGUUAAACUUUCACGUAUUAUAUCGCAACGCAUCAAUGUGUAUUAAGUAGUCACGAAUCCCAAACGAGAGAUCAUCGCGUAUUCCCACUCUUUAUAUUGCCAUAUUUAAUAACGAGACUAGUCUGCAUUCUAACGAGGUCCAGGUCCACAUUGGGACCGUAACUCGAUAGUUACGCCAAUGUAUGUAAAUAACGACUCACUUUCUAAUAACGAUUUUCAAUUUGUGUAAUUGCUUGCAUAUAAUAUUCUGUGUUGUUUGAAUUUGCACGAAAGUCACUUGCACAGAUGUUAAUCAAUAAACAAUUAUACAUAAUGUUACUAAUUGUCACGAUAUACGGUAAUUCUGAGUGUGAAGUAUGAUUUGUUUUAGUAUGAUGCAUAAUUUACAUGAAUCUGCACAAACAUAGAAGAGUUGUGAAACGGUGCGAAUUAGUAACAGUUCCGGUAUUAAUAAUUAAUUAUUUACAGCCUGCUUUGCUGAUUAUUGUACUUGGUUUGAUCAAGUUACCGACAGUCGCUCCAGACAGUGCAGGAAUCGUGGAAAUGGUGAACGGAUUGGCGUAUGGUGGUAUCCCAUACGGAAGCGUGACUGGCAUGGUAGCAAAGUAUCCAGGAUUUAUGAGGCAACAAAUUCAAGCUCAACAACUGAACGCUUUCAGAGGCGUUCAACCACUCGCUGGCAACCCUAAUUUCGGAUCCGCGAGAUUAGUAGGAGUACAACCACAAACCGUGCGAAUUUAUAAUGUUCCAAGUGUCGUUGGCUCUCUCGGACAAAUACGAUAUUGAACGUAAUUAGUCACCGGAUAUUAAGGCAUUAAAAUCAAAGUACAAAAAUUUCAGCGAAGUUUAUGUACGACAAGUUUCCAUUUCAUUACGUCUUUUGUCGCAGUAUGUAUGUAUGUGUAUGCGUUUAGAAAAUUCAUUAGCGUCAUUAAAGCUAGAAAAAACG